AGACAGCCGACAUCCAUGAAAAAAACCUUCUCUCAUUUUGUGUGGAAGUGGUCAAUCAUGGCUGCCGUCAGGAGUCAAUGGUGGACGCAGACAUGGACAUUGUUUGUCCUCUUCACCUGGAUGUGUGUCGGUCGGACACAAGCCGGACCACACUACCUGGUUGGAAUCCCCGCCACUCUGGAAGCUGGAGCUGAUACCAGCUUCUGUGUGAGUCUGCUGCAACCCACCGAGAUCCUGACCAUGACGGUGUCUUUGAACUCUGGAAAGGUCAACCAAACUCUUUUCCGUGAGGCAUCCAGCGAACACUUCCACAAGUGUGUCAGCUUUAAGGUUCCGCUUCCAAACGGCGAUGAGGAGGUACAGGAACUGGCCGUGGAGGUACAGGGUGUAAAGUUCUACUCGAGAGAGGUCAGGAAAGUCUUGAUCAAAGUCUACAAACCGAUGACUUUCGUCCAAACUGAUAAACCCAUCUACCUCCCCGGACAAACGGUGCAAUUCAGAGUUGUAUCGAUGGACUCCAAGUUCAGACCUGCCUCUCAGGAGUACCAAACCAUUCUAAUUGAGGAUUCUCACGGAAACCGCAUUGGACAGUGGUUGAACCAAACGUCGCAAGGUAAAAUCUUGCAGCUGUCUCACUCCUUGAACUCUGAGGCACAGGAAGGAUCCUACCAAGUCAUCGUGUCAGCGGACGAAAUGAAAAUAUACCAUAACUUUAAAGUGGAGAAAUAUGUUCUGCCAAAAUUUGAUGUCACGAUAGAAGGCCCGGCUAAAGCGACCAUUGUGGAGGAGGACCUUAUCUUUGACGUGUGUGCACAGUACACAUAUGGUCAACCUGUGCCAGGCAGGGUCGCAUUUAAGGUGUGUCGACCAUUCCAUUCCUACAUUUAUUCGAGUGUCGAUGGACGGGAUGCACCCCCUGAACUUGAGCCGCCAUGCUAUGAGGACAAAAAGCAGACUGACAAGACCGGCUGUGCCAGAUUUACUGUGAAGUUGUCAACUUUCACAAAAAUUGACCAAAAGGCAGUCCAAGAUGCCCUGGAAGUCCAAGCUGAGGUGAAAGAAACUGGGACAGAUAUUACACGGAUCAGUUUGUCAAGAACGCCAAUUUCCUAUGUAAUCGGAAAGCUGUCAUUCGUGGAAACCGAUAAGAUUUAUGAGGAAGGAACAACCGUGCAAGGAAAAGUGAAAGCGGUCCACUACAACAAUACUCCCAUUGCUAACAUGGACGUCCACCUGCUCGAGGGCCAAAACUGGAUGGCACGUCUUCUCAAGAAUCUCACGACAGACAGUGACGGUAUUGCGACGUUCUCGUUUGACACCAGCGACAUCAAGGGUGAUAUUCGGCUCUAUGUUAGCGCCUCAACAAACCUGGAUUAUGCUUAUAGAGCCCCUCACUAUGAAAAUGGAGACCACACAGUGUCCCUGUAUCAAGAACCUACUCCUCAUACGAAGACUGUCAGCUCCCUGACGGUAAAGAAGAUGGUCGACUCAAUUCCUUGUGACGCCGAUACGACUCUCACCAUCCAAUAUACCAUAGCUGGAGAGUCUCUGGGUAUCGCAGAAAUUAUUUAUCUGGUCUUAUCCAGAGGUGCCAUCGUCUUCCAAGGAGCCAAGCAGAUUAAAGUCGAAGAUGGUUCAGUAACCGAGGGUGAGAUGACUUUCCAGUUGCACGUUUCCCCGGCGAUGGCACCGGCUCUCCAGAUUGUUGCGUAUGCUGUGCUACCCAGUGCAACUGUGAUUGCCCACAGUGAGGACUUCACCACUGAGAAAUGCUUCACGAAUAAAGUCUCGGUGGACUUUUGUCCAUCGUCCGCUGUCCCGGGAGAAGAAACCAAAUUGCAAGUGACUGCUAAGCCACACUCGCUCUGUGGGGUCAGUGCUGUCGACCAGAGCGUCCUCAUCAAAGAGCCUGGAAAGACCUUAAAUGCAGAUAAGAUAUUUACCUUGCUGCCCGUCACAAAAUCAUCCUAUAUUCCAUACAACGUUGAAGAUGCAGUGGAAUGCUUAUAUGUCCGGCCUAGAAGAUCCAUUUCACCAUUCCCCAGGAGGAACCUAGAUGAUCCUUAUACAGUUUUCCAGAAUAACGGCCUGAAGAUGGCAACCAAUUUGUUCAUUCGAGUGCCCUCCUGCCUGAAGUACCUCGGAAGAGAAUACCAUCACAGCCCCUAUGGAGGCUAUUAUCCAGGUAUUGCUCUGAGGUAUGAGAGCGCUCCAGACAUGGUUGCAGCGGCUAGUCCUAUGGGACGAGGACCCUCUAAUGAACCCCCAAUUCAGACGAUCCGCAGUUUCUUCCCAGAGACGAUGUUGUGGAGCCUUGUGGAAGUUGGGAACUCUGGCGUGCAGGAUGUGGCCGUAACGGCCCCAGACACCAUCACCACAUGGGAGACCGAAGCGUUCUGCCUGUCCUCUGAGGGUUUUGGCUUGGCUCCCCGUCAAAAGUUAACUGUCUUCCAGCCUUUCUUCCUCGAACUCACGCUUCCCUACUCCAUCAAACGUGGGGAACAUUUUGAGCUGAAGGCGACAGUCUUCAACUUCCUCUCCAAAUGCAUUAUGGUCAGUGUGACUCCAGCUCCCUCCAAGGAUUACACCCUCACCGCCCUUUCUGGUGAUAUGUACAAUUCCUGCUUAUGCGGAAACGAGCGCAAGACUGUCAAAUGGAAGAUGGCCCCGUCAACCUUAGGGACUGUCAACGUGACCGUGACUGCUGAGGCUGUGCCAUCCCAUGCCUCUUGUGACAACGAGGUGGUUAACGUGCCAGAAAGAGGUCGUAUUGAUGUUGUCACACGAUCGCUCAUUGUGAAGGCAGAGGGAUCUGAGAUGACCAAGACCUACAACUGGCUGCUGUGCCCCAAAGGACAGAGUUUGAGCGAGGAAGCAGAGAUUGAACUCCCCAAGGAUGUGAUUAAAGGAUCGGAGCGUGGUUUAUUAUCUGUUCUGGGUGACAUCUUGGGCCGGGCCUUGAACAACCUCGAUGGGCUGCUGAGGAUGCCGUAUGGAUGCGGAGAACAAAACAUGGCGCUCUUGGCUCCAAAUGUUUACAUCCUCCAGUAUCUUAAACAGACACAGCAGCUGACGCCAGCCAUCGAGGAAAAGACUCUAAAGUUCCUGACCGGUGGCUACCAGAGACAGCUGAACUACAAACAUGGCAGUGGUGGAUACAGCACCUUUGGAACUGGAAAAGAGAACACUUGGUUGACUGCUUUUGUGGCAAGAGUCUUUGCCAAAGCAAUGUCUUUUGUUUACAUCGACCCUGCAACUGUGGAGCAUUCCAAGAACUGGCUGAAAGAACAACAAAAAGACAACGGUUGUUUCCAACAGUCGGGAAGACUUUUUCAGAACAGAAUGAAGGGCGGCGUUUCGGAUGAAGUAACUCUCACCGCUUACAUCACUGCUGCCUUUUUGGAGAUGAAUAACUCUGCAAAUGAUCCCGUGGUGAGCAAGAGCCUGGCCUGCCUCAGGGAGACCACCGAUGAGCUCAACAACAUUUACACGACAGCCCUGAUGGCCUAUGUCUUUACCUUGGCUAACGACCAGGAGACACGUGCUAUGCUUCUGCAGCACUUGGACAAUGUUAAAAUACAACAAGGUGGUUUGACUCACUGGUCUCAAAAAUCAUCAGAGACCUCAGCCUCUCUGUCUGUGGAGAUCAGCUCCUACGUGCUGCUGGCCAAACUUGGUGGCACUCCUUCCGCUGAAGACCUCGGUUACGCCGCUGGUAUUGUCAGAUGGCUGACAAGGCAGCAGAACUACAAUGGAGGCUUUGCUUCUACUCAGGACACAGUAGUGGCCCUUCAGGCGCUCUCCCUUUACUCCACUCUGGUGUUCAGUAAAGGCGGUGCAAGCACAGUGAUGGUCACGUCUCCCAGCGGUCCGUUGACGUUUAAUGUCAACCAGAAUAACAAACUGCACUACCAAGAGGUGGUGCUGAAGGAUGUCGAAGGGAAGUACAAUGUGGAGGUGAAGGGAUCGGCGUGCGCUGCUGUGCAGCUUUCUCUGCUGUACAACAUCCCGACACCCACCGAUGUCACAACUCUCAGCGUUGGUGUGCGGACAGAAGCAAACUGCACAAUGCAGACGAGCAGACCUAAACUCACUCUGAAGCUAAAAUCUUUAUACAGCGGCAAGGAGGGUAGUACAAACAUGGUCAUCCUGGAAAUCAAUCUGCUGUCUGGUUUUAAACCCGAGCCGGAGUCUUUGAGGAAGCUGAAAGGGGCCCUGCUGGUUGAUCGAGUUGACGAGAAGAAAGAUCAAGUAGUCAUGUACUUGGAGGAGCUACCAAAGGACAUAGCUAUUAACCAUAGCUUGGAUCUGGUACAAGAAAUCCCUGUGCUGGGCCUGAAACCAGCCGUUGUCAAGAUCUACGACUACUACGAGCCAAGUGACCAGGCUGAGGCAACCUACAAUUACUCUUGUUUGGCAGAAGCUUGAAGAAUGGCCAGUCUUGACUUCAUUGCGGAUUCUGUAUUAAAAUAACUUUUUGUUUUGAUACACUUGGUAUAACUCCAUGUCUGUUUUGUGUGACGCAGUUGACAUUUUGUGCAAAAGUCUUUUAAAAUGACUACUGUGAAAUACUCUGAAAAUGAAAUAAAGCAGUUAUAAAGUC